CUGCCAACUUGCCGAAAGCUUUACGAUGUUUUGAAAACAACUUCCGAUUUCGCUUUAAUUUUCUCAUUUCUUACCCUCAAACUUUCUUUAUAUUCACAAAUUAAGGCAUCAGUAGGACUAGGUAUUUCAUCUGGUAUCUACUCAUUUGAUUUGUAGUAAUCUUUGGUGUUAUACACGAUGUGAGGAGCUUGGAUUGUGAAAGGGAACUUGCAGCCCGCAAGCAAGGUCAAAGACAUCAGUACAGGACGGAUGUAGGAACGUUUUGAUGUGGCUCAACAGUUCUGAUUCUCUCUAAACUAUAUUGACUGUAAUGCCGUGUAGAUAGAGAGAAAGAGAUCAUGCCUAUAUCAGAAUGUGAUGAAACUCUUAAUCCAUCUAAAUGGAAAGGCAUUUUAUUGGGACCCUUGCGAAAGGUCCAAAAAGAUGUUCAUCCUUCUCUGGAUGUGCAAGAUGAAGCACUGGAUUACAUAGAGGAUCUUAUUAUCCACUUGUUACAUCAUUUAUGUUCUUGUCAGCCUCACACUAUAAGUGAUGUGGAAGACAGAGUCUCAAAAACAUUUCCUGAUCCUAUUGAUAAAUGGGCCAUCUUAGACGCGCAAUCUGCUAUCGAGAAAGGAAAGAAAAAAAAUCCAUUGAUCUUGCCCGUAGACAAGGUUCAUCCACUUAUUAAGGAUAUUCUGGGCUACAAGGUGGAUAACCAGGUGUCAUUGUAUAUAGUUGCUGUCAUGGAAUACAUUUCAGCUGAUAUACUCAAGCUUGCUGGCAACUAUGUCAAGAAUAUCAGACACAUUGAAAUUACUUGUCAAGAUAUUAAGGUUGCCCUCUUUGCAGAUAAAGUAUUGAUGUACAUGUUUCAUCCAGAUGAUGUAGAAGCACCUGUAGAGGAAGAGACCAAUGAUAAUCAGGAACUUCUAACUUACGAUGAAGUGGUAAAAGAAAUGAUAAUCGCAGAAGCUAAAUAUAUCAGAGACCUAAACAUGAUCAUCAAGGUAUUCAGAGCCCCGUUUGUUGAAGCCAAGGAUUUGUUUACAAAAGAGGACAUUGAUAAGGUUUUCAGUAACAUCACAGAUAUCUAUGACUUCUCUGUGUCUUUCUAUGGUCUCCUGGAAGCAGCUAUAGAGGUGGCGGAUGAAGGAAAAUCUCCUGCUAUCGGUACAUGUUUUGAAGAUAUGGCUGAGGGAAAUGAGUUUGAAGUGUAUGAGAAAUUUGCCAAGGAGCAAAUGGAGUCUACCAGUAAGAUGUACCGACAUCUUGGGAUUGGAGGCAAACUGUAUGAGCUGUUAGCAAGACCAAAAGUAGCAGAGUAUUUCAGGAGUAAAGGGUCGCGGUUCAAAGAAACUGUGCAGUACUGUUUGCCAAAAYUGUUGAUGAUACCUUUACAACACUGCAUGCACUACUUUGAUUUAAUCAAGUUGCUGAAGAAGACAAGCCCUGAUGAGUUUGAUCUAGAGAGCUUAGAACAGGUCCAGAGUUCUCARAGUUUGUUUCAAGCAAACAUGGAAAGGAUCAUCGGGAAUAUGCUCAAGAAAAAAGAGGAUAAAUUCAGUAAAGCACAGAAAAGAAAGUCUGGAAUUUUGAAGUCUGCAGCUUCUGUGAUGAAUGAGCUGCAAAGAAACAUUGAUGGCUGGGAGGGUAAAGAUAUUUCCCAGACUUGCACAGAAAUCCUCAAAGAGGGAGUGCUUGGUAAAUUACAUCCUAAUAAAAAGUAUACAGAGAGAUAUGUGUUUCUUUUAGAUGGUCUAUUAAUAUGCUGUAAGCAGAACACAAGGCACUCAUUGUCUGGACAGAAUUCCCCAGAGUACAGACUAAAGGAAAAGUAUUUCCUGAGGAAAGCUGAAAUCAAUGAUUUAGAUGACACCGAAGAUGUUAAAAAUGCAUUUGAGGUGGUUGAACGUGAUCAGCUGAAAGCCUUGUUUAUCUGUAAAAAUGAGACAGAAAAGAAUGAAUGGAUGGCCAUGUUGAUGACACUACACAUGAGAAGUACAUURGAUCGGUUACUGGAUCACAUGUUACUGGAGGAAGAAAAGGCUAUCCCACUAAGAAUACCCAAUCCUGAUGAAUACUGUUUUGCGGUUGAAGAUGCAGAAGACAAUAUUGUGUUUGAAGAAGGACAAGGAAAUUCUGUGGCACCUGUCAUAAGGGGAGGAACUUUAAUCAAGUUAAUAGAAAGACUGACUCACCACAAGUAUGCUGAUCCUACAUUUGUGCGCACCUUCUUGACAACAUAUCGGUCAUUCUGUAAGCCAAGAGAACUGCUGGACCUACUAAUAGAUAGAUUUAAGAUUCCUGAACCUCCACCAAGUGAAGAGGAUCGUCAGGCCAUGGCACGAGGACAGCCCGUGCUGAGAGAAGAUUUAAAAAGAUUUAGAAAAGAAUAUGCCCAACCAGUUCAACUGAGGGUUUUAAAUGCCAUCCGUCACUGGGUAGAUCAGCACUUCUAUGAUUUUGAGCGAGACAAGCAGUUGCUGAAGAAGCUAGAAAUCUUCCUGUCAGAAGUAAAUGGCAAAGCAAUGAGGCGAUGGGUGGAAUCCAUUAACAAGGUUAUCAGUAGGAAGAGCAGUCUUAGUGAAAAUUCUGCUCCAGAAAUCACGUUUGAGAAGGACCCGCCUCCCAUCGAAUGGCACUUGUCUAGAGAUAUUGACAAGUUUGACAUCCUGACGCUUCAUCCUAUUGAGAUUGCUCGUCAUUUAACCAUAAUAGAAUCAGAACUCUACAGAGCGGUCAAGCCAUCAGAAUUAGUCGGCAGUGUAUGGACAAAAGAGGAUCAAAAACAUAUCACGUCACCCAACCUACUGAAAAUGAUCCACCAUACRAACAACAUCACCCUCUGGUUCGAAAAGAGUCUCUGUGAGAUGGCUAACCUGGAGGAAAGGGUUGCUGUACUUAGAAGAAUCAUUGAUAUUUUAAGUGUUUUUCAAGAACUGAAUAAUUUUAAUGGAAUAUUAGAAGUAGUUAGUGCCCUGAAUUCUUCACCAAUUUACAGAUUGCAGCAUACAUUUGCAGAAUUAUCAACCAAACGACAACAAAUCCUGGAYGAAGCAAAAGAACUGACAAGUGAUCAUUACAAGAAAUACAUUGAAAAACUUCGUUCCAUCAAUCCUCCGUGUGUUCCUUUCUUUGGAAUGUAUAUGUCAAACAUAUUAAAGAUUGAGGAUGGAAACCCUGAUUUUUUACCCAACUAUCCUGAAGGAAUUAUUAACUUCAGUAAAAGGAGGAAAGUAGCUGAAAUAACGGGUGAGAUUCAGCAGUACCAGAACCAGCCUUAUUGUCUGGCAUCAGAUAUGAACAUUAAAGAAUACUUGGAAAACUUAGAUCCACUUGAAGGUAGAGAUGAAAAGGAAAUGGCUGACUAUUUGUAUAAACUGUCYUUGGAAAUUGAGCCCAGAAACAGUAAACAGGCACUGAAGUUUCCACGUGUAACAGAAAUCCCACUCAAGUCGCCUGGUACCAAGCCAAGCUUCCUGCUGUCACGACUCUCAAUCAGUUCCCAGUCAACUCUUAAUAAACGAACKGUGUCUACAUCUUCGAUUUUCAAUGCUGAUUAUGGUGAGGCAUCAACUCCUACAUCAACUUCAACAUUUCACCUUUCAAGACCAGCACUCUCUCCCAACACAUUCACCCCAAGCAACAGUACCCCACUUAUCCCAGAAUCCCUCCUGGAUGAACAUGAUCCAGAUUAUGAAAAUAUUGAACAUUUUGCUAGUCAAGAAGAAGCUGCUGCACCCCCAUUACCACCUCUCUUACCUCCACGACCAGCUAAACAGAGAACUGUUUCAGUAGUUGAGGAUCGGCCUCUGCCYGAGGUUACACCAAUAAAAAGAAUUAACUCCAUGCCUCUUGUUAAUUGUAACAUUGGAGAAUUAAAAGAAUCACCAGAAUUUCCUCACAAGCCAAUCAGAAUGCCAAUACGUCCACCACCACCACCUCCCCCUGAAGAAAUUAAAGCAGAAGCCCCACCACUACCCCCUCGGCAUCCACUCAGAAGCCCUUCUUCUUCUUCCAAUGGUCCUCCACCUCUUCCGCCUCGAUCAUCUCAGGUUAUUGAUCCAGCAAUUGUCAUUGAUGAUGACUUGAAACCUCCUGCCUUGCCUCCAAAGUCAAAAAAGUCAUGAUUUCUAGAGAGACUUACUGAAUGAGACUAGAUAUACCAUGAAAAGAUGUCUUGUACAAUGGCACAAGAUAUGGCAAGAUGUAAGAUCUUGUCUGCUGUGAACCAUCAAAAAUAGUCAAUUGGAUAUACCACACUUGGAGUAUACCCUUUAAAUCAGKGCACUGCUCAAUAAUGAUAUCCUAGUACGAUCAGUUACUAAWGUAGAAGUUUAGUAGGAAUGUUCCUGAAAUUGUAGGAGAUUAUGAUAUUGCCAGGACAAAUAAAGCAGGACAGUGCUUAUCUAAGAUUUAUUUUUUUCAUUGCCAUAUUAUACUUUGUCAAAAGUAAUCACCAUCUCUCUGAAUAAGAACUGUCUCUUUUUUAGAGGAAAGAACAUUUUUGUAAAAGGACAAAUUAUAUAACACAAAACAAAAUAAAACAUUUUCUUACAAUA